AGAUUUGACGAUUCCCUCUCUCGUUGCUCGCCAACAAUAACCGUCUGCUGUUCAACCCAACGAACAAUAAAUAUCUCUUUUCUUUCUCUUCUCUUCAUCGUAUAGUCUGAAGAUUGUACCCAAACACCCACACCCACGCACACACGCACACACAGUACCACACAUCGCCAUGACUCUGAGCUUCGACAUUCUCGCCGGCAACAACGCCAACUGGGGCUUCGAUGCCUUUUCCCUCGCCGGGGAGCCGCCGACGGUCCCCACGCUGUCCGCCGGAACCGCCGCUGCCCACCAGCGCAUCUCCUCCGAGAACACGUGGACGACUGCGAGUGCCACCACGCCGGCGCUGUCGCUGCGAGGCUUCUCUGCCUCCCAGCGGAGUAUCGCCGAUCCAAACCUGGCCGGCAACGACAACGACGAGAACAUCUCGCCCAUGAAGAACGACUCGCUGUGCGUGACGCUGCAGGCGAGCGACCCAGCCGCGCGGGCCUUCGACAGCAACCUCUACGUCGCCUCGCUGCCGGACUGGUUCACCGAUGCCGACCUCCACGAGCUGUUCAAGCGCUUCGGCCCUAUCCUGUCGGCCAAGGUCAUGUGCCACAAGGGCACGCACCACUGCAAGGGCUACGGCUUCGUGCUCUUCCAGCGCGUCGACGACGCCGCCAUGGCGCGGUCGGAGAUGAUUGGACACGUCGUGGGCGGCAGCAGAAUUCAGGUGCGCCGUGCGCGGUCUGCGGCCAGUGCGCCACUCGGCGACUGCGCACCUUCUGCCGCUGCCGCCGUCGGUGUUGGGGCUGGCGCGGCCCUCGUCGAGCCCCCGCGUGCGGCGCUGCAGUCGCCUCCCGGCAGCGGGUCGCUGAACGUGUCGCCGCACUUCAUUCCGGCCAAUCCGCAGCCCUUCCCCUCUCUCUACUCCGCCACGCCGACGUACUUGGUGGCGAACGGCGGCAGCAACCAACCCCGGCACCCGGCGCAGACAAUGCUGGUGGCCAUCCCGAGUGGACGCGGUGUCGUGCAGGGCCCCGACAACGUCGUGUACAUGGUGUUGACUUCUCCUCAGAUGCCGGCGGCCAACGUCAUCUUUUGA